UUUAUUUUAUUAUGUUCUUGCACAUGUUUUCACAAUCUUGCCUCUUACCCCAUGUUUCUUUAUUCUGUUUUUGCCCAGUUUUUUAAAAACCGAAAACAAAACCCCCCCAAACUUUAUUUAAAGUUCCUGAAUUCUCCUCAUAUUUCUCUCUUUCAAGCGGUUUACGCAUCUCACACCAUCAAUGUAUGUGAAAUUUUUUGUGGCGUGAAUAAAAGCAUCAGUUUUCAAAGAUUGUAAUUCAAGGGGGUUUCACGUUGAAUCCCAAUUUCAAGAAGUGUCUUAAUGGAAUAUUUUGAGGGUCUGAUUUGGAAAAUAUCGGAAUAAGUAAUUGCUGAUUUUAAAGAUUUUAAUUAGCCAUUAGUUUUUGCAAGAGAGGUAAGAAAAAAUGGGGCACUCUGCAGCGGUUUGGGAUUCCAGGUUGGCCCUGGAAAGGACAAAAGACUGGAAUGGAAUCGAGCAAAUUGUGCUUCGGAAUCCACAAGGAGCUUCAGCUAGAGUUAGCUUACAUGGAGGUCAGGUGAUUUCAUGGCGAAAUGAACGAGGUGAAGAACUUUUGUUUACAAGUAGCAAGGCAAUCUUUAAGCCACCAAAGGCAAUGCGAGGAGGCAUUCCGAUUUGUUUUCCUCAGUUUGGUAAUUGUGAUUCACUUGAGCAACAUGGAUUUGCAAGAAACAAACUUUGGACUGUUGAUGAUGAUCCUCCGCCACUUCCCGCCAACGAUUCCCAUGGCAAAUCUUUUGUCGAUUUGCUACUCAAACCGUCCGAAGAAGAUCUCAAAUUUUGGCCACACAGCUUCGAGUUUCGUCUUAGAGUUGGCCUGGGGAUGGAUGGGAAUUUAUCGUUAACAUCUCGUAUUAGGAAUGUGAAUGGGAAGCCUUUCAGUUUCUCGUUUGCUUACCACUCGUAUCUCUCUGUUUCUGACAUCAGUGAAGUGAGGAUCGAAGGGCUAGAAACAAUGGACUACUUUGACAACCUUUUUAAAAGAGAACGGUUUACAGAACAAGGAGAUGCUAUCACUUUUGAAUCCGAGAUUGAUCGUGUUUAUCUUAGUUCUCCAAAUUGUGUUGCUGUACUUGAUCAUGAAAGGAAGCGAACGUAUGUGUUGAGGAAGGAAGGGCUACCGGAUGUGGUGGUGUGGAAUCCAUGGGACAAGAAAUCAAAAGCAAUGACGGAUUUAGGAGACGAUGAGUACAAGCAAAUGCUAUGUGUGGAUGGUGCAGCGAUAGAGAAGCCGAUUACAUUGAAGCCUGGAGAAGAAUGGACGGGUCGUUUGGAAAUUACGGUUGUGCCAUCGAGUUUUUGCAGCGAGGAUCUCUGAUUUUCAGUUGAGGUGCCUCCGCAUAAAGAUAUGAUAAAAUCUUUUAUUUCGGGUUUCUUCUUUUCUUAUAUGCAAAUGCAAGUAGAUUUUAGGUGUUGUUUUAUUUAGUGUUUAAGCAUAAUUAAUAUCGUGUAAUGUAAUCUGUGUUGAGGAUAAUGACAUACUAUAAUCACAUCCAAAUGUUAUCUUAA